AAGACACAAACGUUAGUAAUGAUACUGGUUAGCCAAGUUCCUUGCAUAGCCAUGUUUGCAAAGUGUUCCCCCUCGUACUCAGCUAAAUUCAUCGCUGCAAACCCACUACCGUUCUUGAAUCCUUCACCAAAAUUCAUCACUAGAAGAAGCUCUAUAAGACCCUUGCAUCUUACACUCGCCAAAGCUGAGGGAGGCAUCGAAUCAAGUUCAGCUACCAAAUCUUCUUCCUCAACCUCAACCUCAAGUCCCACUGCUCCUUCUCCUUUUUCCAAUGACCAAACGGUUUUCGUGGGUGACGAGGAUGUUCCAUUGGAGGGUGUCAUUCAGUUCGAUAAACCCAGUUCAUCUUCUCGUGUUGAGAAAUGGGGUCGUGUGGCUCUACUAGCUGGUGGGGAUGUAUUAGCUUUGCUUUUGUUUGCAACAAUUGGAAGAUUUAGUCAUGGACUCUCUGUUUUCGACAUUGACACGUUGCGCACUGCUGAUCCUUUUAUAGCUGGGUGGUUUUUAGGUGCUUACUUCCUUGGAGGUUAUGGAGAGGAUGGACGUGGGAUGAAGGGUCUCCCCAAGGGUGUCAUUGCUACUGCUAAAUCAUGGUCACUUGGGAUCCCUAUUGGAAUAGUAAUAAGGGCAGCAGCAUCAGGUCAUUUACCAAACUAUGGUUUCGUAUUUGUGAGUCUGGGAAGCACUGCUGUUUUACUUAUUACAUUCCGAGCAUUAUUAUAUACCAUUCUUCCUGUUGACAAUAGUAAGAAAAGUGAUGUCUAUCGCCGUGGUAGUCCCUUUGAACUCUUUGAGCUGCUCACGUCAUUAGUACGCCGGUGGUAGCACUGCGUUGCAUGUUCAAGACACCGUAAUGUGUAUGCAUCAGGACAUCAGUUUCCGUAGCUAAUCUCCUUGUAUUAUCAACUCAAAUGAAACAAGUAAGAGUGUCUGUUUACUGUAUUUGAAUAUUAAUCAAUUAAAUGGGUUUACUAUUUACACCAUGAAUCUUUGAAUAAUUAUAAAGUGCAUUAAGUCA